AUGGGCUGCUACUACAAGUAUGUGAAGGAAAUCAUUGACAUAGGGGAGAGCAUAGCAAUCCCAGAUGACUUCACGGAGCAGGAGAAGCGCUCCGGGGACUGGUGGCGGCGUCUGGUGGCCGGAGGAAUCGCCGGUGCGGUGUCCCGGACGUGCACGGCGCCUUUCGACCGCCUGAAGGUCAUGAUGCAGGUUCAUAGUUCGGGGUCAAGAAAAAUGAGAUUCAUUGGCGGGUUUGAGCAGAUGGUGAAAGAAGGAGGAAUUCUUUCUCUUUGGCGAGGAAACGGUGCCAAUGUUUUUAAAAUUGCACCUGAGACAGCUAUCAAGAUUGGGGCCUAUGAACAGUAUAAGAAGUGGCUUAGCCUUGACGGUGCUAAAAUAGGAGUCGUUGAGAGGUUUGUAUCUGGUUCAUUGGCUGGUUUAACUGCUCAGACCUGUAUUUACCCCAUGGAGGUUAUAAAGACCAGACUGGCCGUAGGCAGAACUGGGCAGUAUUCAGGAAUCAUCGACUGUGGCAGGAAGCUUCUGAAACGAGAAGGUGUCAGAACCCUGUUCAGAGGUUACCUCGCUAACAUGCUGGGCAUCAUACCUUAUGCAGGCGUAGAUCUCACUGUUUAUGAAGUGAGUUUAUUCUCCUGGUGUGACAGGAUGUGUUGGACUUGAGCAUUUGCUGCCAUCAUAG